AUGACCGAAACAUCAGUGGAUCCUUCGAGCUUCAGUCCUUUCGAGGUGACUGCCGUACACUUGGUGUACGUAGGAUUGGGAUUCUUUAUCGUCUUAUUUGGAAUGUUUUCCUUAUUCAUCAAAGAAAGAUUAUAUCUUGGUGAAGCUCCAUUAGCCGCAGUAUUUGGAAUUAUCGUAGGACCGGCAGCUUUGAAUCUUUUUAAUCCUUCAAAAUGGGCAAAUAAUCAAAGUGGUGCUCCUGGUGGUCAAAUUACCGAUGAAAUCUCUUUGGAAGUUUUACGAGUUACGAUUGCUUUAUCCGUUUUCGCUGUUGGAGUGGAAUUGCCGAAGAAGUAUCUUUUACGACAUUGGCGUUCGAUUGCUUUUCUUUUGGGACCAGUCAUGAUUUGGGGUUGGUUGAUCACUGCCCUGUUCAUGUAUGCUCUCGUUCCGGGUUUGGAUUUCCUCAACAGUUUGGUCGUUGCCUCAUGCGUUACACCUACCGAUCCGAUUUUAGCACAAGCUGUCGUUGGUGGUCCAUGGGCAGAGAAGCACGUACCUGCACAUCUUCGACAUAUCCUGAUGUGUGAAAGUGGAUGUAACGAUGGUGCUGCUUUCCCAUUCUUGUACCUCGCACUUUUCCUAACGCUUCAUCGUGAUAAUCGUGGAAAAGCAAUCGCAGAAUGGUUUUACGAUGCAUUGGCAUAUCAAAUCAUCUUUGGAACGCUUUUAGGUGCUUUGAUCGGAUGGGCAGCAAGGAAGUUGAUGAGAUUUUCCGAACGUCAUAAAUUGGUUGAUCGUGAAUCUUUUGUUGCUCAAUACGUUUCUUUAGCAAUCGCAAGUAUGGGAGUGAAUGUUUUAUUGGGCAGUGAUGAUUUACUUGCUGCUUUUGCAUGCGGAACAGCUUUCGCUUGGGAUGGUUGGUUUACCAAACAAACUGAAGAUUCAAACUUUAGUUCGAUUGUCGAUUUGUUGUUCAACGUUGCCGUCUUUAUUUAUAUCGGAGCUAUGAUGCCUUUCCGUGAUUGGGCGGGAGGAACGGAAGCUGAACCAAAUACGUUGAAUUUAUGGCGUCUGUUUGUUUUGGCAAUUUGUGUCCUUUUGACAAAGCGUAUCCCUAUUGUGAUUGCUUUGUGGAAAUGGAUUCCAGAUAUCAAGACGUUCCGUGAAGCUGUUUUCGCAGGUCACUUUGGUCCUAUUGGUGUUGGUGCAAUCUUUAUUGCAACAUUGGCAAGGACAGAAUUACCGGAAGAGAUCCCAAGUCCUCCUCAAACAUCCAAUGAUGUGCUGGCCUUGGUUGUUCAACCAAUCAUUUACUUCUUCGUUAUUUGCUCGAUCACCAUCCACGGUUUGACGAUUCCCUUCUUUGCCUUCAGCAAGAACGCAACUCGUAUGACACGAACAUGGAGUCGUAAUCCAAGCUUUGGUCGUUUUGAUACUGAACCAGGAUGGGUUAGUCGAAUGCGUAAA